UGAACUGACUCGGUUCCCCAUCCGGUGCUUGAGGCUCUCUCCUUUGAAUCUUCUUGUAUUGGUUGUCCUCACGACUUCACCUUAUCAUUUUAUUUUCUUUCUUUAAAAAAAAAGAAAAAAAGUUGAAAAAUAUAAUUUACUUUUAUCUUUUACGCCGCAUGGAAAAUCAUUUUUAAUUUCAGGAAAUAAGUAGGACAUCAAAUUAAAUAAAUAAUAAUAAGAGAAGAAAGUAGAGGAGAUGUUGAAGUUGGACAGCUACCCACCUGUGUCGGCGUACAAGGCAGCAUACCCAUUACCCAUAAUCGCACUCUAAAGUCUAAAUCAGUCUCAGAAGCCAACCCAACCCAACCCAACCCAAGCCGAGGAAGGAAAGGAUAGAGAGAGAGAGAGAGAGAGAGAGAGAAAGACAGAGAAAGAAGAAGAGAGAGAAAACAAGACCAGAGCUUUACUUAGAAAGUUGGCUACAGUUUUCUUCACACCAUCAUUAACUUACUUACCAAAUUCAGAUAAUAGAUUCUCACAUUUCCCAUUUCGCAUUUCCCAUUUCCUCACUUGGACAACUGAAACACCCCCAAAACGGCACCGCUUUUGAGCAAUGAGUGCGCGCAGUGGUUGGCGAUCCGUAGAUUGAAAUUUGAAUCCGCCAUUAUUAUUAGCUUGCAAGAAUGGCGUGAGCUUGGAGCAAAUGCCAAACCAGAAUCAUUGACUCUUUCUACUUCGGAGGCAUUGCUGUAAUUCAUUCGGGACCAGUGGAUCGAGCUGAGCAGCAAGCAAUGGAGUCAAGAAUGGAUCAGUAUGAGCUUAUGGAGCAGAUCGGCCGCGGAGCUUUCGGAGCUGCCAUUCUCGUCCACCACAAGGCUGAGAAGAAGAAGUAUGUGUUGAAGAAGAUCCGCCUUGCAAGACAAACCGAAAGGUGCCGGCGAUCCGCUCAUCAAGAGAUGGCUCUUAUUGCCCGAAUUCAACACCCGUACAUUGUCGAAUUUAAGGAAGCCUGGGUUGAGAAGGGUUGCUAUGUUUGCAUUGUCACUGGGUACUGUGAAGGUGGAGACAUGGCUGAGUUGAUGAAGAAGUCCAAUGGGGCUUAUUUUCCCGAGGAGAAACUCUGCAGGUGGUUCACACAGCUACUAUUGGCAGUUGAAUACCUGCAUUCAAAUUAUGUUCUACAUCGUGACCUAAAAUGUUCUAACAUCUUUCUUACCAAGGAUCAGGAUGUUCGUCUUGGGGAUUUUGGUCUUGCGAAAACUUUGAAGGCAGAUGACUUGGCUUCUUCGGUGGUCGGGACCCCCAAUUACAUGUGUCCUGAACUGCUUGCAGAUAUUCCUUAUGGCUUCAAGUCUGAUAUUUGGUCUCUAGGGUGCUGCAUAUAUGAGAUGGCUGCUCAUCGACCAGCAUUUAAAGCUUUUGAUAUGGCAGGAUUGAUAAGCAAGAUUAAUCGUUCCUCUAUAGGUCCUUUGCCGCCUUGCUAUUCCCCAUCCUUGAAAACACUAAUCAAAGGUAUGCUGAGAAAGAACCCUGAGCAUCGGCCAAGUGCAUCUGAGGUUUUGAAGCACCCUUAUUUGCUGCCUUAUGUUGAACAGUAUCGUCCAUCCUUUAGCACUCGAACAGCCUUCUCUCCCGAUAAGCCUAUAUCUAGAGCUCGUGAAUCUCGAAGAAACAUGGCAGAAAGCCAAAACAGUAAUGGUUCAAGCAGUGAUAAAGACAGUUUGCGUUCAAUUGAGAAAAACAUUCCAGAAAUGGAGUCAAACUGUGAUAAUAAAGCUACUGAGACAGAUUUUGUUUCUCUCGAGGAUGAAGAUGGCUCUGAGCAGCUCCUGCCUACUGAAGAACAUGGCCCAAAUGUUUGUUCUGUUAAAGUGGAACAACAGUUGAUAAAGCCUUCUCAUUCUGAAUCCAAUGUUGAAUUCAGGCAACCAAAAACCAUUAGGAAUAUAAUGCUGGCUUUGAAAGAAGGAAAAGUUAGGGAAAAUAGUUCACCAAUGAGAAGUAAUCGUACAAAGGUUGGUGUGUCCACCCAGAGAACUAACACAGAAGCAGUGUCUAAAAUACCCAGGCUGAGUGAUGUUUCUCCUGGUAUCAAGUCCAGUCCUGAUACACCCACUGUUGCAUCAUCAAUGGCAAUCCCUGAUUCUGCAAAACGGACACAGGGAUCCCAUCCUUUAAAGCAUCCGUUACCCAUAGUUGACUCCUCACCAAAACCUAAACCCAGAAAUGAUGGUACUCCUCCCCCUGUUCCUAUAAAACAAUUUUUUGAUGAUGGAAUUCCUAAGCCUAGGCAAAGGACCCCUCCUACGCUGGCUAGACGUUCAACAUUUCCUGGACGGAUGAAGCAAGUCGGGGUUGAUGUUCCAAAUGCAGUGAGCUAUGCUCCGAGGAUAAGUGCUAGAGAGAUAACACAGGAGCCUGAAAAGAAUCCUCCUCAAGUGCCUAACGGUUGCCUAACAAACUUUCCUAGAGAGGUCACAGAAGAGCCUGAAAGAUAUCAAGCGACAAGUUCGAAAGGAAUGCAGACGGAUAGCAGCAAUUCUAUCUUCUCUUCUGUUUCAAUUCAAGGAUUUGAGAUUUGUGAUGAUGCAACGACUCCUUUUAUUGACAUGACUGAGCAGGUGCUUCCUGAUUAUGGGAGUGUCACACACACUGAGAGUACAGAAUCUCCACCAAGUUGUUCAGCUGCUACUCAUUUUCAUUCAGUGAUAUCUGACACUGCAAAAAACCAUAAGCAUGAUAAUAAAUCAGAAUGCUUAAUUGAAACCUCUGAGGCUAUUCUAGAUCUUCACAAUACAACAGCUGGUGACGAGCAAGUGAAUUUAACUGCCGCUCUUGAUCUCCCUGUCCCGGUCUCUGAAGAAAGAUUUAUUUGCAAUGAUCAUACGCCUGUAAAUAGGCCCAGUAGUACGCCUGGUACAGUGUUCCAGUCAAAAUAUACAUCUACAUCAAGUGGUCAUGACAAGUUCACUGUAAGGGAACUUCUAUCCCCGGUUGCAGACACUACCCUUUCUUCAGACCAAAAAAAAGACACUACCCUUUCUGUUGCCCCUCCCAUUUCAUCAAGCCAAAAUUUAUUUCAGCCAGAUAGAGGAACCAGCAUGCAAACUCCAUCAGGUGAAAAGGCAGCUGCUGCUAAUCUUCCUCCUGCUUUUGAUGAUGUCAUACAUGUAAUACGGCAUAGUAGUUUCCGUGUCGGGAGUGAUCAGCCAGUAAUGGAAUCUGUGGAGAUGGGGGUUCAGAAUGUGGAUGUUGGGAAGCUGAUAAAUGUAGUAAGGGACGAAUUGGAGAUGCGAAAUGUGACUGUUCCUAUUGCUCCUAAAUCCUCAAACUGCUCUGAAACAGUAAGCCCGAAAUCCAAUAAUUCUGAUCACUCGGAUGCCAAAGAAACUGAGACGAGGAACCUUGUACCGUCAGCUCAAAAAUCUGAUUCCUCUGAGCCAACAAAGCCCAGUCCUCCUAUGACCGAAGAGGAAAUACCAGAAAAGGAAAUAAUGGAUGUCAAGUCUUUUAGGCAGAGAGCAGAGGCACUAGAAGGACUACUAGAACUAUCUGCAGAUUUGCUGCAGCACAACAGAUUGGAGGAACUCUCAGUUGUUUUGAAGCCUUUUGGGAAAGAUAAAGUCUCCCCAAGGGAGACAGCUAUCUGGUUAGCAAAGAGUCUUAAAGGAUUGAGGAUCGAGGAAGGCGGGCGGAGUUCGUGAAGCUCUCUCUAUAGUAAGCUUUCUCUUGUUGAUGUUACUUGAAACUGCAAUACUAAUCUCAGCUUUUUGUCAUGCCUCUUGAAAAUUCAAAUCCAUUUUGAAUUCCAAAGAGAACAACCAGGUCUCAAGUUUUUUUUUUUCUUCUUCAAUUUGUAAUUCUUUGAAUGCACUCGGUUGUUGUACAUAGUGACCAUACGAAUUAUAACAUUGUCUUCUAGCCAAAUGUAUGAUAUGCUGUUAGCUUGCAGCCAAUGUUAUUAUUGGGGUUGUAACAAAACAAAAAAUUAGUAUUGCUGAAAUUGUCUAUCAGGUUUGUUCUUCGUUGUCGAAAUCUAAAGAAAUGAUAACUGUUCUUUAC